CGUCAUGCCAUGCACAAAUGCCAUCAUGAGCCACAAUGGUGCGGAGAUCAACCAGAUCCCAGCGUCAGACGUGAAUAUGGAGACACCCAGAGAGCCUGCCGUCCCUGAGAUCGUAUGGUACGAGCAUAUCCAAGGGUCUAAGCCUAUUCUGGAGCACUGCAUCACUGCGCCAUUCGACGCGCACUUCACACGCGGAGUCAAGGUGUCUCCAGACGGCCUUUGCAUCCUGACCAACAGCGACGACAACGUGCUACGCCUCUUUGACGUAGAGCCCGAUCUUCAGUCGGAGACGUUGAGGAUGCAUGAAGGCGGCACGGUGUAUGACUUCCAGUGGUAUCCAUACAUGAACUCGGAGGACCCAGCAACGUGUGUGUUUGCCACGACGAGUCAUGCGCACCCUGUGCAUCUCUGGGAUGCGUACACGGGGGACCUGCGCGCGACCUACCGCGCGUACGAUCACCUGGACGAACUCACGUCCGCGUAUUCGGUGGCAUUCAACGGCACGGGGGACAAAAUCUUCUGCGGUUUCGAUCGCACGAUUCGGUUCUUCGAUGUAUCACAGCCCAGCCGCGACUUCUCCACGCGAUCCUUGAGCAAGACCAAAAAGACACGGCAUGGCCAGCGCGGCAUUAUCUCGACCAUCCACUUCAACCCCGAUCAUUCCAAGAUGUAUGCCGCAGGGUCGUACAGCGGGUCGACUUGCAUUUACGCCGAAGACAGCGGCGAACUUUUCAUGGGCCUCGAGGGCCACGAUGGACAAGGCAUCACACAGGUGCAAUUCACUCCAAACGGGCAGUAUCUCUUGACUGGCGCCCGCAAGAACCACACGAUCAACGUGUGGGAUAUCCGCAACACGAUGCAAGUGCUCCAUACGUUCAAACGUGAGGCACCUACGAACCAGCGCAUUGCGUUUGACAUCCACAUUGGCAGUCGCUACGUCGUCACUGGCAGCGCGGUACCCAUCCCAUGUCGAGAUGAAUAGGGCGCACUCCUGUGAACCAAGUUACAUGAACAAUUUGUAGGAUGCAAGGGUCCUCAUGUAUGAUAUGUACACGGGCGAAUGCGUCAGCGAGAUCGCGACGUUGCCAGAGUGCGUGAACGGUGUGUCCUUCUUUCCCUUCCCAGACACCGCGCGCAUUGCCCUCUGCACAGGGCAGCGCACGUAUACACUGCCUCCUGAUAUGACGGACGACGAUGCCGAGGUCGCCAACGUCGGCGCCCGCCAUUGUGUUCAAGUGUACGACUACCAUCCUCAACUCCCCGAACAGUAACCUUUUGGGACGCCACGUAAAAAUGGAUAUUGCCAAACUGGCGAUUUUCCACGAUUUUUUCGAUGUAGGCGAAUUAU